AUGAUGUUGAGGGUCGUUGUCGCUGCGGCCGCGGCCGUCUCGGCGGUGGAUGCGCAAUGUGACUACUCGAGCUUGGCGGCAUCCCAGGUGUUGAUCUCGGACAAGUCGAUCUGCCCGCUGGUGAAUUCGACGUGCGUGGUGGACAAACGCACGUGCACCGUGUUGCCUUGGGGAUCGUACUGGGAUGCGAUCGGGACAUUCAAGGACGCUCCUGCCCAAUUCUACUCUUGGUUCUUCACGGGCGGACGGAGCGUGAUCAACCUCGACAUGGCCACAUUCCCCGAUCGUUUCUCGGAGCUAUCGUUCACAAACAUCUCGUUGCCCGCCGAAUCCAAGUUGCGGCCAUGGCCAACCAACUUGACCAAACUGACCAUGCAAAAUGGCAACCUGAAAAAGAUCAGUGUGCUGUACCCCCUCCCUUCCAAGCUCUCCGUCCUGUUCUUGGGUGCCAACUACUUGUCGUCCGUCGAGGACCUGCGCACACUUCCUCGCAGCAUCACUCGCUUGUCGCUCCAAAACAACGAUUACACGGAGCUGACGAACCUCGACUGGACCAAGAUGACGUUGGUGUACCUCAUCAACUGCAACCUCCUGCGAUCGAUCAACAUGGUCAAGUUCAGCACGUCGAUCGUGCACCUGGACUUGUCGUCUGUCACGCUGACGAAAUGGAUCAUGGACAACAGCACGUUUAUCGCGCUCAACACGACCCUGCGUCCCAACAACACGGCCGACGACUCGACGCGGGACGACGGCACGCAGAGCUACACGGGGUACGGCUACUACAACACCAAGAUCACGACGAGCGGAGCCGACUGCGCCGCCGCCAACGGCGUCAUCCAAGAACUGUGGCCGGACAAGUCGAUGCGCAACUACAAGUACGCGUCCGAAGUGUUUAAAGUGUGCGUCGUCCCAGACGUAGCUACGUCAUCGACGUCAGCGCCCGUCUCGACUGCCCCGCCGAAACCCGACAACACGGGCGUGAUCGUUGGCGUGAUUGUCGGGGUCGUGGUGGUCUUGGGCGUUGGGGUGUUUUGCUUUGUCAAGCGGCGCAAACCCCAGCCAGAUGACGGAUACCCCGAGCGGUCGAGCCGCGGCAAGUCGGGAGGCAACCAGGAUCACUACCACCAACUUGACGGUGGCGACAAAGGUUCCAACAAUCGGCGGUCCGUCACUCAAAACGGAACAACGCACAACUCGGGCAACCGGUUCUCCAACUCGGGAGGCCAGUCGAUGCCGUCGUUGACGUCGACGGAUGAGAGCAACAUCAACUUGGCGCCGCUCGCGCUCGUCCGCAUCGAGGCACGGGAUGUCUUGCUCCACCAAAAGCUCGGAUCGGGUGCGUUUGCAGAGGUGUGGCGCGGCUCUUUUCUCGGCGAUGAUGUCGCGGUCAAGAUGCUGCAUCCAAGCCGCGUCACCGUCACCCAGAUUCAAUCCUUUGUGAGUGAAAUCCAGCUCAUGAACUCGUUCGACUCGCCGUACAUUGUAAAGCUUGUUGGCGCGUGCUGGACGCGGCCGUCGGAUUUGCAAUGUGUCAUGGAGCUCAUGGACGGCGGCGACUUGAAGGACUACCUGGACACGCACUCGCCGGCGCAAUUUGCCUGGAUCGACAAGUACAGACACAUUUACCAGAUCGUCGAGGGCCUUGUCUACUUGCAUUCGCUCAACAUUAUCCACCGCGACGUCAAGUCGCGCAACUCGCGCAACGUGCUGUUGGAUUCGACCAAGGGCACCAAGCUGACCGACUUUGGCGUGAGCAAAGAGGACAUUCAAGCCACCAUGACGAUGGGCGUCGGCACGUUUCGAUGGAUGGCGCCCGAGGUGCUCCAGGACCUGGGCUACACAAUCUCGGCCGACAUUUACUCGCUCGGCAUGAUGUUGUCCGAGUUUGACACGCACCAUGUCCCGUACGUGGAUUUAGUCAACCCGACCAACGGCCAGCCCCUCGUCGACUCGGCAAUCAUCCUCAAGGUUGUGUCUGGCCAGAUCAAGCCGACAUUCACAGACGACUGCCCGCGCUGGAUUUAUGAAAUGGCCCAGCAGUGCUUGGCGCACGACCCCGAACAGCGCCCGACCGCGAUGCAGCUCUCGUUUAUUGUGGGGAAUCGCCUCAAGGACUUGAUGUAG